UUGAACUAAAAGAGUUAGCGUCAGCUUGUUUCUUUCCGUAUUUCCUACCCUCGAUUCAUCUCUCAUUAGGGCAAAAGUGAUGGCGCCAUUAGAAGAUUUAGAGCGAGAUUAUCCAAUCAUCGAUUCCAAUUUCCGUAUGUUCUGUGCUUCUCACGGCAUUUUCACCGAUACAGAUUUCCUUAUGCAUGAUCUUUCUGCAUUAGAGGCUUUUGCUAGACAAGACUAUGCACCGCAAAAAUUGGAACAUGGAAUUAAGCAAAUUUUGUCUAUAAUAGAGAGUGGGCAACGACCUUGGCUAAAUGGUUUGGAAUUGUUAGAAGAUUCUCAACUUAACAAGUGUACUUUAUCCACAGGAUGUGAAAGUAUUGAUAUUCUUCUGCAAGGAGGACUGCGUGCGGGUCAUGUAACAGAGCUAGUCGGGCCAUCAUGUUCUGGUAAAACUCAAGUUUGCCUUAAAGCUGCAUCACAUGUAGCAAGGAACUCUUUGGGCAAGGUGGUCUACUUUGAUACCGGCAACUCCUUUUCACCUAAACGUGUCGCACAGUUUCUCAGUUUUUCGCCAGAUCCUUCCACUACACAGCUAAAUAAAACUGUCGAACGAGAUAUGAGCAGCAUAGUUUGCCAUUCUGUGUUUGACAUCUUUACCCUCCUUGACAUGCUCCGCCAGUUAAGGAAUAAUUUGAGAUCUCAGAUUAGUUUCCAGAUGAGGAUGCUUAUCAUCGACUCACUUUCAUCACUUAUAGCUCCAGUUCUUGGGGGUGGUGGUGUACAUGGACAUGCCUUAAUGGCGACUGCUGGGCUCUUGUUAAAGGAGAUUGCACAUGAGUCUAACCUCUGUGUCGUGGUGACAAACCACAUGGUGGCCGGAGAAGCUGGUAUGUUGAAACCAGCGCUGGGGGAGAGUUGGAAGAGCAUUCCACAUGUUAGGCUUCUGUUAUCCGGGAAGUAUUCAGCCAAUGGUACCCGCAUCAAAAUACUUAAACAUCCAUAUCUGCGCCCCUUACGAAGGAAGGUGAAGCACUAGACAAAGCGUGUGUUAAGAACAAAACUAAGAGUGAGGACAUGCAGGAAAUUUCUGGCUUGUGUAAGUAGAGUUUAGGAGGUUCGAUAUUCGAAGAAAGGGAAAAAUAAGCGUGUAUCCGAAAUCCGAAUGCACAAGAUGAUUAUUUCGUUUUAAAUAGUUGUUCUUCCCAUGAGAAUUUUCCUAUCGCAAUUGCUGCAAGAUUUCUGUGAUUCAAUGUUGGAAAGGUUGUGAUAU